GGUAACGCGUUAGGCAACUCCGCGGUAACUCGUCGGGAACUGCCCGGGCUCCGCUCCGCCGGGGCUCGGGGCCCGGCCAUCACCGGGGGGAGCGGAGGGACCGUGCCCCGACACCGCCCGCCGGCGCCCGGAACCCCCGCGCGGCGGGCGCGUUCCCCGCCGAGCCCCGUCCCGUUGUUAUGACGACACGGCCGUAAAGCCGCCAUCUUGCGGCGCGUUGCGACACGGGGGCCGCGAUGGCAACGGGCGCGGGGCCGGCGGCGCUUACGGCAGAAGCGGCCGGGCCGGGCCGGGGCGCGGCGGCCGCGGGCUCCGGGCCCCCCGCGCCCCUCGCGGCCCCCGCCGCUCUCAUCGGCCUCCCGCCGCCCUUCGGCGAGCAAGGUACCGCCCUCACGGGGCCCCGGCCGGCACCGCCAGGCCUGGCGGCGGCGCGGCCCGACGAGGAUGACGUGCACAGGUGCGGGCGCUGCCAGUCGGAGUUCAGCUCGCUGCAGGAGUUCGUGCAGCACAAGCUGCAGAAGCGCUGCCAGCGCCCUCCCGACGCGCUCGCCGGCCUCCUCGGCCAGGAAGGACAAAAGGUGGUUCCUGCUGUCGAGGAGUCCAUCACUGUUGCUCACAUUGUUGUUGAAGCAUCUUCCAUAGCAGAAGAGAUCAGCAACGCCUCGGCCAUCGUAGGCAGUGGGCACAUCAAAGAGGUCAUUGUAGCAGGAGACCAUGUGUUUGAGAACCCGAAUGGCCACGUGGAUGGGGAGGUCAGUGAGGAGCAGGGCAGCCCCGAGGAGCAGGAGCAGGACAUUUCCAGCGAGCUGAUCAAGGUCAAGCUGCAGGUGAACAAGGAGGGGCGAUACGUGUGUGAGCUGUGCCAGAAGACAUUUAAAACUGCCAGCAUCCUCAAAGCUCACAUGAUCACUCACAGCAGCAGGAAGGACUAUGAGUGCAAACUCUGUGGGACUUCCUUUAGGACAAAGGGGUCUCUGAUCCGACACCAUCGGCGGCACACGGAUGAAAGACCUUACAAAUGCAAGAAAUGUGGGAAAAGCUUCCGGGAAUCAGGAGCUUUGACUCGGCACCUUAAAUCUCUGACACCUUGCACUGAAAAAAUCCGCUUCAACAUGACCAAAGAAAUAGUUGUCAACAAAGAUGAUCUGCCCUCAGGGCCCUGCAGCUCCAGCACAGACACGGUGUCCUCCAUCGCGAGCGAAUCCAUCGAGGCCUCUCCUGUCAUCCACCUCGUGACAGAUGCAAAAGGCAACGUGCUCCAUGAGGUCCACGUCCAGAUGCAGGAGCUUCCCGUGGUGGAUGCAAAACCCCUGGAGCCAGAUCAGCCGCAUCCCGAGGAGCUGCCCUGCGAGGGGGAGGUGAACAGUGAGAACCUGCUGAGGCAGGCCAUGAGGAAUUCGGGGAUUGUCAUCGAGAGAGUGGCCGUGGAGGAGGUGCAGAAGCCAGAGGAACCUUUGGCAGCUGCUCCAGAAGAGCUGGAAAACAAAGGGGUGGAAGUAGAAGAGGAGCCGUGUGGGGAGCAGUGUGCUAAACUGGAAGGAGCGGAGUCUCAGACACCUGCAGAAAGAACCAACGGGUACAAACGUUACAUUUGCUCUCACUGUAAUGAAGCCUUCAAUGAAGCUGCUGCCCUGGAAACUCACAGCAAGAGUCACACAGAGUACAAACCUUUCAAGUGUGAGGAGUGUGGCAAGGAGUUCACCAAGGGCUACCUGCUGAAGAAGCACCAGGAGGUGCACGUGAACGAGCGGCGGUUCCGCUGCGGGGAGUGUGGCAAGCUCUACAAGACCAUUGCCCACGUGAAGGGGCACCGGCGGGUGCACUCGGACGAGCGGCCCUACGCCUGCCCCAAGUGCGGCAAGCGCUACAAGACAAAGAACGCCCAGCAGGUGCAUUUCCGUACCCACCUGGAGGACAAGCCCUACGUGUGCCAGUUCUGCAGCCGGGGGUUCCGGGAGAAGGGCUCCCUGGUGCGCCACAUCCGCCACCACACCGGCGAGAAGCCCUUCAAGUGCUACAAGUGCGGGCGCGGCUUCGCCGAGCACGGCACCCUCAACAGGCACCUCAAAACCAAAGGUGGCUGCCUCCUUGCUAUGAAAGAGGUGGAAGAAGUGAUAGUGUCAGAGGAGAGCCAGUCUGCUGACAACCUGGCAGCCACGGUCCUUUCGGAGGAUCCGCACACGGUUCUGGUGGAGUUUUCCUCAGUGGUGGCAGACACCCAGGAAUACAUCAUCGAGACUUCUACCGAAGACAUGGAGACCAGUGAAGCUACUGAAAUAAUAGAGGGAACAAGACAUGAGGUGGACAGCCACAUCAUGAAGGUGGUGCAGCAGAUCGUCAACCAGGCCAACUCGGGCCACCAGAUCAUCGUGCAGAACGUCACCGUGGCCGAGGGCGCCGCGGCCGCCGACGCCGCCGACACCAUCACCAUCGCCACGCCCGAGAGCCUCACCGAGCAGGUGGCCAUGACCCUGGCCUCGGCCAUCGGCGACGGCGCCGUGCUGGCCGCCGAGGGCGGCCUGGCCGCGCAGGAGGCCACCGUCACCAUGGUGGCGUCCGAGGACAUCGAGAUCAUGGAGCACGCGGGAGAGUUCGUGAUCGCCGCCGCGCAGGAGGGCGAGGUGGAGGUGCAGACCGUGAUCGUGUGAGGGACAGCAGCUGCACACCUGGGCACUGGGGCUGCUCGGGGAGCCUGGGGAGUGCUCGUGGGACAGGGCAGGCCCAAAGGGGACAGGACAGGUCUGAAACGGGGCAGGACAGGUCUGAAACAGGGCAGGACAGGUCUGAAAUGGGACAGGACAGGUCUGAAAUGGGACAGAACAGGUCUGAAACAGGGCAGGUCUGAAACGGGACAGGGCAGGUCUGAAACGGGACAGGACAGGUCUGAAGUGGGAUAGAACGGGUCUGAAAUGGGACAGGACAGGUCUGAAAUGCGAUAGAACAGGUCUGAAAUGGGACGGGACAGGUCUGAAACGGGAAAGGACAGGUCUGAAAUGGGACAGGACAGGUCUGAAAUGGGAUAAAACAGGUCUGAAAUGGGACAGGACAGGUCUGAAACGGGAAAGGACAGGUUUGAAUUGGGAAAGGACAGGUCUGAAACGGGACAGGACUAGUCUGAAACAGGAUAGAACAGGUCUGAAACGGGACAGGACUAGUCUGAAACGGGACAGAACAGGUCUGAAAUGGGAAAGGACAGGUCUACAAUGGGCUAGAACAGGUCUAAAAUGGGCUAGAACAGGUCUGAAAUGGGACAGAACAGGGCAGGCCCGAGGUGUUCUCAGUCUAAAACCAAUACCAGGAGUUAAACCCUUGGCCUGGUCGCCCUGAGCAGACUGACAGGUCACAAGUGGCACUCAGUAUUCUGUACAGCAGCCUGGAAUUAAGGAAGAUCCUUUGGGAAUCAGCCCCCUAUUCCCACCAUGGGACAGCAGUGGUCUGGUUUGUAAAAGGAUUCAGAAAGUGUAGCAAGUAUGUGGGGGUCUCACGAGGGAUUAUUUAAAUAUAUGCAUUUAAAACAAGUUGAGAAAACCAAACCUAAGGAGUUGUGGUGUGUGCUGAGCACCACUGAAACACUCUCAUGCCUUUAACCUCACUCCUUCAGGCCUCCCAAGGCACGGUACUGCAGUAUUUCUCUUUUCUUUGGUAUCCUGGACAAGUAGCCUUAUGUACUGGUCUAUGAAUGCAUCAUUGUACCCUGCAAUGCCAGCCAGGCUGCUCUGAGAGCCAGCCUGGGGGCUGGAAAGCCAUAUUGUAUAGCAAUUUGGUUUUUUUUAACCAUAUAUGGAUUUUUAAUUGCAUAUUGUACAGAUUUGGCAUGUAAAUAAAUACAUUUUUAAAAAUAAAA